CCCACAAUUCUGCCUCAAAACUAUUAGUAAGCCCAAUCCGUUUGCUAAAACCAUUAACCCACCGGCCCCUAUCAUCUCUAACAACGCCUCCACACCCAGCCAGCCCAAUAUCACCAUUAAAAGCCCCAUCCUUGUUGAGUUUCUUCCAGCCCUGCGGUGGCCUCUCCCAACGUAUUCUCUUGACCACAGUUUCAAUUAUCGGCUUCUAUUCGUUUUUCUCAGUCAUCUCUCUCUGCCACCGUUUCAGAAUAUCUCUAUGAAUUCAAGAUCAAAGCUUUUCCAAGUCAAUUUUCUACAUGGGAAAGUUUCCAUUUUCACGAGAAAUAAACAGAGUUCCAGGCCUUUUUGCUCUCCAGACUCCACUGCAACAACCCCAACCUCACAAUCUCUCAACAUCCCAUCUCUCUCAGAGCUCAUAUCAAAGCAACACUGGUCAGAGCUGAAGACCCAUCUCAAACUCAACCCCACAAGCUCCACCACACUUCUCCACCACUUGCUCAGCUCAGAGGCUGACCCAGAGCUCACUCUCAGGUACUUCAACUGGUCCCAGAAAGAGUUCAGACUCUCACACCCUCUCGAGCUCUCUUUUAGACUCUUGCACUCACUUGCCAAUACCAAAAAGCACUCAAAGAUGAGAGCUUUAUUAGAUGGUUUUGUUAAAGUUGAGAACUUUCAUUCCAAUUCUUUGAUUUUACAUAUGGUUUCAAUGAGUGGCAAUAGUUUUUGUGCUAAUUCAAUGAUAGUUGAUAUGUUAGUGUUAGCAUAUGUGAGAAAUAGGAAGACCCAUUUGGGGUUGGAGGUGUUUAAGAGAGCUGGGGAUUAUGGGUUUAGGUUGUCUGUGUUUUCAUGUAAUCCAUUGUUAAGUGGUUUGGUGAAGGAGAGUGCAAUUGGGGAUGUGGAAUAUGUGUAUAAGGAGAUUAGGAGGAGGAAGAUUGAGCCUGAUGUGAUUACAUUUAAUGUUGUGGUUAAUGGGUUGUGUAAGGUUGGGAAGUUGAAUAAGGCUGGGGAUGUUAUUGAGGACAUGAAGGCGUGGGGGUUUUUGCCGAAUGUGGUUACGUAUAAUACUCUCAUUGAUGGGUAUUGCAAGAUGGGUAGGGUAGGAAAAAUGUAUAAGGCUGAAUCCAUUUUGAAGGAUAUGGUGGCGAAUCAAGUUUGCCCGAAUGAGGUGACUUAUAAUAUUUUGAUUGACGGGUUUUGUAAGGAUGAGAAUGUGUCAGCUGCAAAAAAGGUGUUUGAGGAAAUGCAAAGGCAGGGUUUAAGAGCCAAUAUGAUCACGUAUAAUUCAUUGAUUAAUGGCCUGUGUUGUGAUGGGCAGCUUGAUGAGGCUAUUAGUUUGCGGAAUGAAAUGUUGGGCUCGGGUGUGAAGCCGAAUGUUGUUACUUUUAAUGUGCUUAUAAAUGGGUUUUGUAAGAAGAAAAUGAUUAAGGAAGCUAGAGAGUUGUUUGAUGAUAUAAGGAAACAAGGGUUAGCUCCUAAUGCUAUAACGUAUAAUACAUUGAUUGAUGCUUGUUGUAAGAAUGGGAUAAUGGAGGAAGCCAUUGUGCUGCAAAGUUCAAUGUUAGAGAAGGGGAUUUUCCCUGAUGUUUCGACCUAUAAUUGCUUAAUUGCAGGUUUGUGUAGAAAGGGGGAUAUAGAAGCGGCCAGGAAACUUAUAACUGAUAUGGAGGGUAAGGGAUUGAGAGCUGAUCUUGUAACAUAUAAUAUAAUUAUAGAUGCACUGUGCAAGGAAGGGGAAUCAAGAAAGGCAGCAAGGCUCUUGAAUGAGAUAUUUAAGAUGGGUUUGAGCCCAAGUCACGUGACAUACAAUACUUUGAUGGAUGGCUAUUGUAUGGAAGGUAACCUCAAGGCAGCAGUGAAUGUAAAAACACGGAUGGAGAAGGAAGGGAGGCAGGCAAAUGUGGUAACCUACAAUGUGUUGAUUAAAGGUUUUUGUAAGAAGGGCAAGCUGGAGGAUGCAAACAGGCUUCUUAAUGAGAUGCUAGAAAGAGGUUUGAACCCAAAUCGGACUACUUAUGAAGUAGUAAGAGAGGAAAUGAUGGAGAAAGGUUUUGUUCCAGAUAUAGAAGGGCAUCUAUAUAAUGUCUCUGUUGGCACCUGAACAUUGAAAUGACAAAUGAAUUGUUAUUACUGUGACUGAUGUAUCAUGGGGCACACUGGUACAACAAAAUGGUAGAAUGCAACCUCACUGUCGCAAGUUAUACAUGUCUAAAUUAUAUGUUAAGAUUGUUGCAGUUUUAGAAGACUAGACCACAGUACAUGUGCUUCAUUUUCCUCACAAGGAAUAUUUUCCCACACCAUUCAAGUUUUUGAUGCUUGUCAUGCCUGUCCAAUUCAGCUGAAAAAUGUCGGCAGCUGGUUGGGGAAGAGGCUUCAUCCCAAAGUGGGAAGUUUACAUUCUUGAACUGUUUAGACAUGGGCUCUGGAACUGUAGCAUGUGGUGUGAAAGAGGGUGUGAAGCUGUACUUCUAGAGCAUUUGAGCUGCUCAUGUUGAAAAAGCAAGGCAUAUUGCAAUUGAGAAUGCCUUAGUUUAUGCAUUGUCACAGGGGAUGGCAGCUAAAGAUGCAGCCAUAGAAGCACAGAAAGAAGGGGCAAAGUCUGCAAAGUUGGCAACCUGGAAAGCCAAGCGCAUUAUAGGCCCUAUUAUCUCCUCUGGAUGGGACUUUUUUGAAGCAAUAUACUAUGGUGGUACCAUGACAGAAGGGUUCCUCAGAGGCACUGGGACAUCAUUUGGCCUGCAUGCUGGUGGUUUCUUUGGAGAGCAAAGGUUUGGGAGGUUUGGCUAUCUUGUGGGAAGUCAAUUGGGCAGUUGGGUUGGAGGUACGAUUGGACUUAUGGUAUAUGAUGUGUCUAAUGGAGUGCAUUACUUGGUUCAGUUUGUACAAACUGCAGAAAGUGUUCUUCGUGAAACACCAGCCUAUGAAAAAUUUGAAGCUUCUGAGGACAUAACUAUUUAUGAGGCUCCUCCUUCUGUCCGUCAUAUGUGAGUUCUGAGGCAUCUGAAGAUUCCAAUGCUUUUGAAACUCUUGCUUAUGAGAGCUAUGAAUCAUAUGAAGAUUCUGAAUUGAGCAGGUGCUGCUUUCCAUUGGUGAAUUUGCAAGCGAUCAAGAAUGAACAAGCAGAAGUUCAUAAAGAAUCUGAGAAAUGAUGUCAGCUGGUUGCAAACUUGAUCAGUGAGAUGAGCAGGGACCAAAUGCCAAUAUAUAGUGCUAUGUCAAUCAUAUGUAGAGCAUCAUUUGCUUGUGGCUCAGAAAAAGUUCGAGUUAACAAACAAGGAUGCCAUCUAUAAAAGUAUAAAUUGCCCAAUCUGAAGGAUGAUAUUGGUUAACCAUUUAUAGUACCAAAGAUUAUGAUCCGCUUCUGAAUAUUGGUCUGCUUCCUCUUACAACCUAUCAUGCUUUAUAAACUUUGGCAGAUAUAGUUAAUAGCUUUGGACAUUCCCUACCCCAUUUGAUCCUUUGUCGAAUGCUGGAAGGCUUUUGUGCCAAUCACAAUCAAAGCAGCAAAUAAUCAGUUUGCCACGGACA